GUGAUGUCGCUUGUGUGACGUUUGAAUCUUCUCUUCAACUGCUGAGCUGUUAUGUUCUGUCUGUUUGGUGAUUUGGUCCAAAGUUGCAGUUAAAAGGCUUCUUAACGAGUUCUGUCUCCGUUUUUGUCUUCAGUUUUAAAGCUUCAGUUCUUCCGGCCCUGUAUGUGGCUGCAGGACUUCAGAAGAGGUUUCCAUGGAGCCAGCAUGGCGUCAACAGGGCAGGGGCCGUGGCCGUGGCCACAACAGCCAAGGAGAAAGGUCUCAACCUUCACAAAGACAAUCGGAAAGACCUGGGCCCAACCUUGCUCCUGCAGGAGUGUGGGCUGGAGGAAGAGGAGUACAAUCAAAAGUAGUCACUGCUGCAAGUCCAGCGCCUGAGGCUGAAUCUAAACUGUCAGCACCGCAGGCUAUUUCAGUGCAAUCCAAAUUUGAGGAGAUCAGAAAGUCCAACCAAGCUGCUGCCCAGCGAUUGGUGGAGAGUCAUUAUAGCUCCUCCUCCUCUGAUGACGAUGAUAAUGAUGUUGACCAUGUGAAAGAUGGGAAGAAAGGAAAAAUCCUUGCCUCAACCUUCACUACCUACACAGACCAGAUGGGUGGUGAUGUGACAGGUCUGGUCCGGACUGGUCAGUAUGUCAGUGACCUGUUCCAGUCUGGAGCACUCACCUGUCUCAUCUGCAUCGCCUCCGUUAAGAGGACACAGGCGGUGUGGAGCUGCUCCAGCUGCUUCUCCCUCUUCCACCUGCCUUGUAUUCAGAAAUGGGCCAGAGACUCAGUCUUUCUAGUCUCUUCUGUCACUGAUGAAGACUUUGGUAAAAAACAGCAUCCCUGGCCCUGUCCAAAGUGUCGAGCUGAGUAUUCUCCCAGCGCCACGCCCCACAGAUAUCUAUGCUACUGUGGGAAAGUACAGGAUCCUCCUGCUGACCCCUGGUUGGUUCCCCACUCUUGUGGUCAAGUCUGUCAGAAGCAGCUGAAACCAAACUGUGGACAUGCCUGUCUCCUGCUAUGUCACCCUGGUCCCUGUCCUCCAUGUCCAAAGAUGGUCUCUGUGUCCUGUAUGUGUUUGAAAGCUAAGCCCCUCCCCCGUCGCUGUAGCAACAAGGAGUGGUCAUGUAGGCAGCAGUGUGGCAAGCUGUUGCCAUGUAGACAGCACAUGUGCACAAAGCCCUGUCACAAAGAGUGUUCUCCUUGUCCUAAAGUCAGUGCUCAGCCGUGUGUGUGUGGCAGAGAGAAGACAGAGAGACCAUGUGCAAGUCCACAGUGGAACUGUCAGCAGCUCUGUGGCGCCAUCCUCUCCUGUGGAAACCACACCUGUGAGGUCAAAUGUCACAGUGGUGUCUGUCCUCCAUGUCCUCGCUCUGUCAGCAGAUGCUGCCCCUGUGGCAAGACCAAGUCAUCUCUGCCAUGCACAGAGGAGGUGCAGUUGUGUGGUGACACGUGUGAUCGACGUCUGUCCUGUGGGAAACACACUUGUUCAAUGAGAUGCCACCGAGGGAGCUGUGAGACCUGCAGACAGGAAGUAGAGAAGGAGUGCAGAUGUGGUAAAUACAGGAAGUUGAUGCCGUGUCAUAAAGAAUAUCUUUGUGACUCCAAAUGCCCGAAGACCAGGAGCUGUGGGAGACACCAGUGUAGGAGAAAGUGUUGCCCUGGUAACUGCCCCCCCUGUGACCAGAGCUGUGGUCGAACCCUGGGAUGUCGUAACCACAAGUGUCCAUCUGUGUGUCACCAAGGCAGCUGUUACCCUUGUCCAGAGAUGGUUGAUGUUCGUUGCCCCUGUGGUUCCGCCGUCUUGGCCGUACCCUGUGGCCGUGAGAGGAACACGAAGCCCCCACGGUGUAAAGAACCCUGCAGGACUCCUCCAUCCUGCCAUCACCCAACCAGAGAGCCUCACCGCUGCCAUCCCGGCCCCUGCGCCCCCUGCAGGCAGCCUUGUUUGCUGACGCUGCCAGGCUGCAGCCACACCUGUCCGAACCCCUGCCACGACCUGGUGCUGGUCAAGUCCCAGCAGGUGCAGUUGGCAGGUCCAUGGGAGCAGCCGUCUGAGCCUGCCUUUGUCAAGAAAGCUCUGCCAUGUCCACCGUGUCAAGUUCCCAUUCCUACGGCCUGUUUUGGGGAACACGAGGUCAGUCCAGUGCCUUGUCAUCGCCAGGGUCAGUUCUCUUGUAAACGACCUUGUGGGCGACCUUUGACCUGCAGCAACCACAGCUGCAGCAAGGAGUGUCACUUGAUCAGUGAUGGCAACAAGAAGUGUGAGGUGUGUGAGAAAGCCUGCUCUAAGCCCCGUCCUCCCGGCUGUCCCCACCCCUGCUCCCGCCGCUGUCACCCAGGGGACUGUCAGCCCUGUGGCCAAAUGAUCCGUCAACGUUGUCACUGCAAGAUCAGCAUGGUUUACGUAGAGUGCAUGAAGUUGACAUCAGCUGAUAAGGAGACAAAGGUGAUGCUGACGUCCUGCAACAACCAGUGUCCAAAAGAGCUGACCUGUGGUCACCGCUGUAAGCAGAUGUGUCAUCCAGGUGUGUGUGAGGAAAAAUGUCAGCAGAAGGUGAAGCUGCGGUGUCCGUGCAAGAGGAUAAAGAAGGAAUUUUCAUGUUCUCUGUCGAGCCAGUGUGAUGUUCAGUGUGAUGACAUCUGUAGAGAUCAGCAGAGGAAAGUCAGCCAGCUAAAGGAGGCGGAGCAGAGAGCAGCUCAGGAGGAGGAGCAAAAGAAACUUCAGGAGGAGCUGGAGGCGUUUGAGAAGCGACAGCAGCGAGGAGGGCGGAGAAAUAAGAAGCGGGGAAGGAGAGAGGAGGUAGAGGACGAGCAAGCCAGAGCAGGGAGAUGGUGGAGGUGGUGUGCCGCCUUAGUCCUGGUGCCACUGGGUGGCGCUGUGCUGUCUGCAGCUGCUUUCUACCUCGUGACCAAGACCUGAUCGACUAGCCAGUCUUCAGGAACACGUGAGAACAGAGCCCUUUGCCUCAAAACCUUUGUUUUACCUAAAAUUAUUCGGUUUCAGUUUGAUUUUUUUUCAAUCGAAACAUAUAAUCGGACAAUAGACUAUUUUUAUAACUGAAUUAGCAGUUUCCAGUUUUCAACUGCCCCCAAUGGUGGUGUUGCAUCGUUAUAGUGUUGCAUCAUCGGCUGGAUGAAUUUUCAUUAUGGAAUCAGUGGAAAGAAGAAGCUUAGACUGUCCCCUGGUAGAGUAUGGAAUGUUAACCUCACAAAAGGAAAAUUAUGUUUACUGUGAUGAUUGUUUAUAUUUGAUGUGACUUGCAAAUAAUGUCUUGGUUGUUAACAUGUAGUAUUAGUCAUUGUUUUUCUUUAGACCCACAAGAGGGAGGCUGUUUUUGUCUUAUAUCUGUAAAUUACUAGACUUGAUUUUGGCCCAGUCUAUGUGGACUGUAAACACACUUCACACUUCUUGAAUAUGACAGUCUAAGACCGUGAAUAACAAAAGUUUAAAUGUUCAAUUUCAUGUCUGUACAAGUGAUGAUUGUUUACAUUAUUUUCCAGUCAACGCUCUUGUGAUUUUUCAUUAAGUGUGUGUUUGAUUCAGACAUUUGUUAAAUUUAGAUAGAAAACACUUUUUUGACAGUCUGUAGGCAGAGAGCUUCUGAUUGGUUCCUUAAUUAUUUGGGGUGAAAAAGUUUGAACAUUUAAUUGAAAAUGUACUUCUCCUUCUUUGUCUUUUUUUUUGAAAAGCUAAAUAAAAACAAGA